CCUCUCUUCUCUCUCUCCGCGGCUAACAAGGGGUCCAUGGUUGGGUCCAUCUCACAGAACCAUGCAGAACCAUCACUUGAAGGAACACCUCUAUAAAAUCCUGGUGAUCGGGGAUCUGGGUGUGGGAAAAACAAGCAUCAUCAAACGCUACGUGCACCAGAACUUCUCUGCGAACUACAGAGCGACGAUCGGCGUGGACUUCGCGCUCAAAGUCUUGAGCCUCGAGCACGAGACCGUCCGACUGCAACUAUGGGACAUCGCUGGACAAGAGCGUUUCGGGAACAUGACACGAGUGUAUUAUCGAGAAGCCGUGGGAGCCUUCAUUGUUUUUGACGUCACGCGACCUUCGACGUUCGAAGCCGUGAAAAAAUGGAAGGAAGAUCUCGAUGCCAAGUUGAAUUUAUCUAACGGCAAACGCGUGACUGCCGUUCUACUGGCCAACAAAUGCGACGAGGGCAGAGAUGUUCUGACCAACAAUGGCAUCCGCAUGGAGCAGUUCUGCCAGGAGAAUGGCUUUGUGGGAUGUUUCGAAACUUCAGCCAAAGAGAAUAUUAAUAUAGAUGAAGCAGCACAGUGUCUGGUGAAGCACAUAAUAGCAAAUGAGAAAGAUCUGCUACAGUCGGAGGUUUCAGACAUCAUCUCACCACAGCAAGAGUCCGGCCGCGGAGGAACCUGCUCGAUGUGCUUCACGUCCUGAUGAACACAAACAUGCAUCAACACAUACUCAUUUCCAGCCAGCGUGGGCCAGCAUCAAGCCAGAUUUGAUGUCUCAAAACACAUUUUCUGCUGUCAUCUCAUUUUCUCUCUUCUCAUAUUGUAUCAUCUCAUGUUGUCUCAUUUUCUUGUCUUAUUUUUUUUUAUCUUGUUUUCGCUUCUUUCUUGUCUCACGCCGAAGACACUGCUCUGUUUCCAUGAUAACAGAUUUAUCGAAUACUCUGCAGACCAGAAAAUAUUUAAAAGUUGUGAGAAUUCUGUCAAUGGUAAUUAUUUUUUAAUUCUUUCUCUUCAUAUGGGCGUUCUGUGAGAAUCUCUGUGUGUUUUUGCCAAAUCAUCAAAAUGCAAACAGAAACGGCUAGAAAACCCCAAUGGCCAAUCUUUGGCCAAUUCAAAAAUGCCGACGGUUCAUUUUAGUGUUCUUUGACUUCAUUAAAGUCUAUGAUGUUUAUUUAUAUUCUCUAUUCAGUUUACUAUCCAGAAAUAAUUUAUGCACAACAGACUUAAAGAAGUUAACAUCUAUACGUGUGGAUCAGGGUUUUUCUUCAAAUGCUGCCAAAAGUCAUGCUGCUCAUGAAUUAUACAAACCAGCCUUAAAAUAUGAAUGCAUAAAAAAACUUGAGCAGAUUUCAUAUCUCUCAGUGCUGUUGCUUUUGUAAUUCUAAUGCGGAUGUUUUCUACAUUUUCCAGAACUGUUAAACAUUGUUUUGGAUUGUUUGUUGUUUUUUCAACAUCAUACAUUUUUAUCUAUCAUGUGGCUGUGAGAUGGUAAAAUAUUUUUUAUUACAGAAUAUAAGAAGAUCCAGUGAAUACCC